AUGUCUCAUUUCUCUCAAAACACGUCUGACUCAGAUGAUGAAUGGGACAUGGAGCCUAUUGUUGAAUCUGUUGCAAUUCCGGGGCCAAACACCUUGAAGGGAGACUUCAUGGACGCACUCAAGGCGCUGCAAAUCCAGGUUCAGAAGCUCGCUGAGGAAAAUUGCACUCUUCACAAGGAGAACAAGGUUCUUGUUGCUGAGAAGCCUAAAUGCAAACAUCGUGCAGAGGCUCCCAAUGAACUCCUGGCCCAUGAGCAAACCAUCAUGCUUUAUGCCCAUAAAUACAGCAUGACUGUUGAAAUUGUUGCGGGCAAUAUAUUCGACCUUCCAGGAGUAUACUUCAGCAAUACCCAGUACCGCAGAGCCAAUGUCGCCAAAAUACAGAAAAUGCUUGGAGUGUCAGCGGCGAAUCCAAAGUACAAGACAUUUCUGCCAGUCCUGUUCCUUGGAAUGCAAGAGGACCCUACCUUGAAGACUGUGUUCGGAAACUGGGAACUUUUGGCUAAGAUUCUGAAGGCCACACUUCACGGUGUUGCUUCGCUUCACCAAGAGACCACUGGUGGACCAAAGACCAACACCCGGAAAUGGAACCUCAAGCACAUUACGCCAGGGUCUAUUGCAUGGGCUGCUGUCAUUGCAAUCUUUUUGCUAUCACCCGAUACCGAAUUUCAGAAGUUGGGCACAGGAAAGUCCUCCAGCAUCAACUACAAGGACCUUUUCUUUCACUACAAGAAACUCUUGCUCACCAAGUGGGACAGCUGCUGCAUCCAGACCAUUGUGCAAAACAUUGACCAAGAAGUUUUCGGUGCCAUGAAAUCAUCUGCUUCUGCAGCCACUCAAGAAGAUCACUCCAGCAAAGUCAUUCACACAAUGAACACACUCGAUAUUGAUAGCAACAACAAGUCAGACAUCUCUGAACCUACUCCAAUGUCUUCUGCAGUCCAGAGUACCACUGCCUUUCAUUCCAACACUGUUGAGGUGGCACAGCCUCCUGCCACUCUCAGCACUGUUUCAUCACUCAGUACUACUUCUACUCUCAGUGCUACUUUCCGAGCUACUGUUCAGGGUGAUGCAGCAGUUUCAGCAGCUACUAAUACAGCUGUAGUACAGGAUGCAGAUGUGGAACAGCCACCAGCUCGAGGGAGAGGGAGAGGAAGGGCUAGGGCAAAGAAGCCUGCAGCUACAGGUAGCCAAAAACGAUGGUUCAAAUACAAUCAACCUAACAAUUUUGUCAUGUCGAGCAUUCGAAACCUACCAAGUACAGACUAUAUAAUAGACAAGGACCUAAUAAGCAUGAGCUAA